AUUGACAAUACAAAUGUUAAUAUCAUAUGUUGUCUGAGCCACCAGGCUGCUGAAGUGGAGGGACCUUUCCUAUUUAUCUUGACUUCACCUUUUCGUACCGUUUUCAACAUUAUUCAAGAUGGCCCAGUGGUUCCAGCUGCAGCAGCUAGACUCCAAGUACCUGGAGCAGGUGGACCAGCUGUAUGAUGAUACUUUCCCUAUGGAGAUCCGCCAGUACCUCAGUGCCUGGAUAGAGAGCCAUGACUGGGACAUGGUGGCCACCAGCGAUUCUCUUGCAGCGGUCCGUUUCCAUGACCUCCUGGCCCAGUUGGAUGUUCAGUACAGCCGCUUCGCCCUGGAGAACAACUUCCUGUUGCAACACAAUAUACGCAAGAUUAAACGCAACCUGCAGGACCACUUCCAGGAAGACCCUUUGCGGAUGGCCAUGAUAAUCUGUAACUGUCUCAAAGAGGAGAAGAAGAUCCUGGCCUCCAUCAUCAAAAAAGAGGAUAAUGUGGGGUCCACACCAAACAACAUGGUGUUGGAGAAACAGAAGGAGCUGGACAACAACGUUAAAGACCUGAGGAACCGAGUUCAGGUUUCAGAGCAUGAGAUUAAGUCACUGGAGGACCAACAGGAUGAACACGACUUCAAGAAGAAGACACUGCAGAGCCGAGUGGAACAAGAGGUGAAUGGGAUGGCACAGUCACAGGCGGUAUGGAAAGAGAUCCGCGAAGAGGAGAUUGUAAUCAGAAAUAUGUUCAUCAAACUCAACAUAACCAGAGAGGUGGUGGUGAAUCAGAUUUCUGACAUCUUGUGCUUGGCCGAGCAGAUCCAGUUCAACCUGGUGACAGUGGAGGUACCUGAGUGGAAGCACAGACAGCAGAUAGCUUGCAUCGGUGGUCCGCCUAACGCCUGUUUGGACCAGCUACAAAUCUGGUUCACUGCUGUGGCAGAGGGCUUACAGCAGGUGCGUCAGCAGCUGAAGAUGCUCCAGGAGCUAGAACAGAAGUACACGUACGAGAAUGACCCCGUCACUCAGGGCAAAAGCGCUCUGGAGGAACGCGCUCUCGCCCUGUUCAAGUACCUCAUUGUCAAUUCUAUCGUGGUGGAGAGACAGCCCUGUAUGCCCACUCACCCUCAAAGACCCAUGGUGCUGAAGACUGGGGUGCAGUUCACCGUGAAAAUCAGACUCCUGGUGAAGCUCCAGGAGUUCAACUACCAGCUCAAAGUCAAAGCUGUGUUUGACAAGAAUGUCACUGAGAAGAGCACAGUGAGAGGAUUUUACGUCAUUUCCAGGGUCCGGAAAUUCAACAUCUUGGGAACCAACACUAAGGUUAUGAACAUGGAGGAGUCCAAUGGAAGCUUGGCAGCAGAAUUCAGACACCUGCAACUAAAGGAACAGAAAGUUACAGGCAACAGAUCAAAUGAGGGUCCUCUCAUAGUGACGGAGGAGCUCCACUCUAUUAGCUUUGAGACUCAACUCUGUCAGCCAGGACUCCAGGUCGAACUAGAGACAAUGUCCCUGCCCAUUGUGGUCAUCUCCAACAUUAGCCAGCUGCCCAGUGCCUGGGCCUCUGUCAUGUGGUACAACAUGCUGACCUGUGAGUCCAAGAAUCUGUCGUUCUUCCUGAGCCCUCCUCAGGCCACCUGGAGCCAGUUGUCAGAUGUGCUGAGCUGGCAGUUCUCCUCCAUAACCAAGCGAGGCCUCAACAACGAGCAGCUGAGCAUGCUGGGAGACAAGCUCCUGGGUGGAGAAGCAGCCGGAAACCCUAAUGGGCUCAUCCCCUGGACCAAGUUCUGCAAGAAUGUGAAUGAGAAGAGCUUUCCCUUCUGGCUGUGGAUCGAGGGAAUACUGGACCUGAUCAAGAGACACCUGCUGUGUCUGUGGAAUGAUGGGUGUAUCAUGGGCUUUGUUAGUAAGGAGAGAGAGAAGGCCCUGCUGAAGGACAAGGAGCCUGGAACUUUCCUGCUGCGCUUCAGUGAGAGCAGCCGAGAGGGAGCCAUUACCUUCACCUGGGUGGAGGGCUCCAAUAAUGAUGUCCAUUUCCACGCGGUGGAGCCCUACACUAAGAAGGAGCUGGCCGCCAUCUCUUUUCCUGACAUCCUCCGCAACUACAAGGUGAUGGCUGCCGAGAACAUCCCUGAGAACCCUCUGCUCUACCUCUACCCCAACAUCCCCAAAGAGAGCGCCUUCACACGCUACUACAGCCGCCCCACAGAAGCUGCUGAGCCAAUGGAGUUGGAGAGUGCCUCUGAGGCUGGCUACAUUAAGAAGGAGCUCAUCUCUGUGUCUGAACCACCCCUCCAGACUACAGGACGCCAUGCUGCCCAUGAGUCCCGAAGUGUAUGGAGAGCUGACCAGGAUUAUUAACCCUGAUGAGAUUGAAAAUGUGAUGUGCACUCCCUUCCCAAACUAAUCUGCCCUCUUCAGGUGGUGCCCAGGAAGAUUUGUGUAAGCUCCCGAGCCGAGUACCAAAGACACCACACAAAAAGGAUGACGUUUGCAAUAGAUUUGAAAGCACAACUGAAACUGUAUAUAUAUAUAUAUAUAUAUAUAUAUAUAUAUAUAUAUAUAUAUAUAUGUAGUCCUACGUUAUCGUUUUAUAUACACGCAUGAGGUUUUGGGGCUUUGAGUCCAGCUGUUUGUAAUAAGGAAUGUUAUUCUACGCUACUUGUGGGACAGUGUAAUAUUUUGUGUAUGCAUAUGUAAUGUGAACAACAAAAAAGGGAUGCAGAAAGCUGUUCUUCACUUUGUAAAUAGAUACGAUUUUGUAGCAACUUAUAAUAAGGAAAAUGGUUCAGAUGUUCUGGGUAAUUCCACGAAAUGAGUGCCCUUUGAUAUUUUAGUCAGAAAUGUUGCACCAAUAUUGAAUUUUAAAAGGCUGUUAUAUUAAAUGAAGUGGCCUUUUAUAUAAACCACACGGAGACUUCAAUAAAUCAGAUGUUUAAUAUGGAUAAAGUGCCAAAAUUCAUCAAAUAUAUAUUGUUUUGUGUACUUUUUACCCAUUUUUCUGCCCAAUUUAGUGAUGUCCAAUUGGUAGUCUUGUCCCAUCGCUGCAACUCCUGUUCGAACUCGGGAGAGGCGAAGGUCAAGAGCCAUGCGUCCGCCGAAACAUGACCCUGCUUCUUGACACAUUGCUCGAUUAACCCAGAAGCCAGCUGCACCAAUGUGUCGAAGGAAACACCGCACAACUGGCGACCACCACAGGAGUCGGUAGAGCGCGAUGGGACAAGGACAUCACGUCCCAACAUUUCUCCAAGUUUCUCCAAGCCCUAGUUAUUUUGUUGCUUUGACAAAGUCAUUUCUGAAGAUUAUUUUUUAUUUCAUGUGAGUAGUGAUUCAUUUGCAUCAGUCCCUCAUUUUAAGGUCAACCCUGUUACGUAAACUGAGCUCUCGUUUUAAUUUGGUGAAACUAUUCCUUUUGAAAUAUUGCUUUCAAAAGAAACAUUGAACAUCUAAUAGUCAAAUCACAGAGUAAACGCAGGAGCACUGGAUCACUCUUUUUUUUGUACAUUUUCUGGUGUUUUGUGGUGGAUAACUGUGUAGGUCGAGCGUAACAUGCCAACCCUGUUAGCCAUAGAUAGGCUAGAAGGGUUUUAACAAUUACAUUUUUGGGAUGAAGCUUGCAUGCAAUUGCCACUCCCUGUAGCACACAACAAGCUGUCAUUUCCCCUGUCACAAGGGGAUUUAUGGCUGAUUUAAGAAAUCAUCAACCCUGUUACGGUCAACCCUGAUACUUUAUUUGGCACUGAUAGUUUUGAGAUGGGAAAACAUGUUUAUGAAGUUGAACAUGUGCUCUUUAUGACAGAAUGUGAAAAUUUGGUGAUAUCAAAUGUUUUCUUUGACCAAGUGUGACGGCCCCUCCCUGCUCUGGUUUAUGGGUUUUGCUGUGCUUACUUUCUGCAGGAGAUUGGUGGGUGGAGUAGGAGAGGUGGGCGGAGCUGGGAGGGUCGUCAGUGCUGAUUGGGGCACACCUGUGAAAGCUCAGCUGUGGCAUAAAGCCACUGUCCCCCCCCCCCCCAUCCCCCCAUUCAGCAAGAGAUUCCUCUCUCCGUGCAUACCUUUGGUUGUGUUGUUGUGGCUUUGGCAGUUGACACCUAAUUUACUGACCUUCAUGUCUCAUCUGAUUAUUUUUGUGAGUGUUUAUUUAUGGUAUAAAUUAAUUUUGUUAUUCCUUUACUCAGUGUGUGGUUUCCCAUUGUUUGUUACAAUCUUGAGCCAGGUUGUAACAAGUUAUACAGAAUUUGUGGAAUGACCCUUAUAUGGAAAGUACUUCUAAACUGUACUCACGACUGCCUGGACUUCAUUGUUUCAAUUCAUUAAAAAUCAGAGCUCUCUCACA